AUGGAGACCAAUACACCCACCGUGGCUCAGGCCGUUACUGUGAGUCUGAAGGAACUUGUUGAUGGAACGGUGUCUUUUGAUACACUAACCGAAGCGUUCGGCCCGGCCUCUCUGGGCAUUAUUGUCGUGAAAGACCUGCCCCCAACAUUCACUGAAUUACGCUCAAAGGUUCUUUCAAAUGCAUCGUAUCUAGCGGCACUACCAGAUGCGGAGUUGGAAUCCCUCACUAGCCCAGAAUCAAAAUACCUAGUCGGCUGGUCUUGUGGCAAAGAAACUUUGAAAUCAGGCCACUUCGACACGCUCAAGGGCUCCUACUAUGUGAAUUGCGCCUUCUAUCAGGACCCAUCAUUAGACAGCGCUCCAGCCGAUGGGUUCCCAGAUUUGCCCCAGUAUACCGCGCCCAACAUCUGGCCUUCCGAGGAAAAAUUGCCCGAAUUCAGGGGUAGCGUGGAGUCGCUCUGUGGUUUGAUCAUUGAUACCGCCGCCUUGGUCGCCAAGGCCUGUGAUCGAUACGCCGAGGCCAACAUCACUGACUACAAACCUGGAUAUCUGCACCAUGUUGUCACAACCAGCUUGACAACCAAGGCAAGACUAUUGCAUUAUUUCCCAGGCUCUGAGGAGCAGACGGAGGCCAGCGACGACGACUGGUGCGCUACGCACGUCGACCAUGGCUGUUUGACGGGCUUGACAUCGGCCAUGUUCCUUGACGAAGCUGCUUCCCCUCCUAUCGAUUCAACUAGCGUUCUCCCCGAGCUUCCCCGUUCCCCCGACCCUUCGGCCGGUCUGUAUAUUCGAUCGCGCACAGAUGAGAUUGUCAAAGUCAAUAUUCCCAAAGAUUGUCUUGCUUUCCAGACCGGCGAGGCAUUGCAGCUUAUCACGCGUGGCAAGUUCAUGGCCGUGCCACAUUUUGUGAAGGGGGCCAAGGCUAGUCCUGGAGAGAAGAUUGCGAGGAAUACCCUUGCCGUGUUUACGCAGCCGAAUCUGUCGGAGGAGGUUCAGCCUGGAUUGAGUUUUGCGGAGUUUGCGAGGGGCGUUGUGCAGAAGAAUUAUUGA